CCGCACAGUCCGACAGCGAUAGGAGCUCUGCCGUCGUACUCGUACGGCGGACUUAGAUUAACACCUGAGAAUUUUUCACACAAGUUCGCAAGCUGAGAUCAGUCAAUCUAAAGAAUCAACCGUUGUGCACAGUUCGCCGUUCACGUGUCCGCGAAUUUCCGCCGUUCUCUCGUUGAUUUGUGAUCAGGAUAGCUUAGAUCAGGAGUGAUACCAUGACGAUGCAUCUCCUUGGAACCUUGACUAUUCUGCUGCUCGUCGGUGCCGAGAUACUGGGACAUCCUCCACAAGAGAGAUUAAUGCCAGAUGGGGCCCCGGUUCCCGAGGACGCAGCAAUCGAACAGCACGAGGACUCGGUGGCGUCGGCAUCGGAAGUAGGCGAAGAGUACGAUGAUUCCGACAUGUAUAUGGAGCCGGAUGAAUCCGAGACGACGUCGCAAGCGGAUCACGCAGAGGAAAGCAUAGAAGAUCAUAGCGAGGCUAAAACGUCCACUGAUGCCGCUGAUGAAAGCACUGAAAAAUCAGUUGGCACCGAAAAGCCUGACGACAGCGAGAAGCCUAAAGACAACGAGAAGCCUGAAGACCAGGAGGCCAAGAACACGCAACACACCGCCACGCAGUUCGCCGAUGCGGAAGACAAGAGCUUGGAGAGCGAAAGUCAAAACUUCUUCCCAUCGUUCGCGGAGCUGUUCGCGAACCACCGGCUUCCGUUCACGGAGCAGCAGCAGCAGCGUUAUCGUCCAAACAGAUUUCUCGGCUACUUCCAACGCGAUCGUGCCAAUUAUCAGACAGCCGCAAGCGCAACGAAGGAUCACUCUCUGCUGGGUUCCGGCAACUUCGGCGUGAUCCGCGGCGGUACUUACUACCCGGAGGACAAGGAGCACGACGAGUACUCGGCAGACACGAGCCUUUACAACCCGUAUUACCAUAGUCGCGGUCGUGCACACUACUAUAGGAAUCCGAAGCCACAACCGAUCCGCGGCGGUGACAUCUUUGCGAACUUCCGCGACUUCGCCGACAUUACGGCGCCGCCCAAGUCCAGCUUCUCGCACCUCUCCGUCGUAUACGCGAACAAGAACGGCAGCUCCACCGGACGCGUCACGGAACCCAGGAAUAUCAUCGAGACGCUGAGGAUGUUGGAGGAAGAGGAGCGGUCCAACGCGGAGGAAACAACCACCACGGAAAUACCAAGGAAAAAGCAGAGCAAGGGCAAGCGGAAGCUCAUGAAGAUGAAGCAGUACGAGGAGGACAAGGCUAGGAGGUCCCGCAUGUCCGUGGAGCCGCUGCUCGCCCUGAGCUGAGCGUGAACGAGCAUGUGUGCACGUUAACGCGGACGCAAAUCUCGGGAUUUCUCCCAAACGCGGAAUCUGGCCUCGAGAUCAGAACCAAAGUUCGAAAAGCGUCGUCUCUCUAUCAAUCGGAGGGGAAUGUACUGAAUACGUGCGACAGAGACAAGGGAAAAGGUUUCGCAGCUUUCUCGCACUUUUGCGGACGAGACUGUGCACGCGCGUACGAACUUCUCGAUCAAUCCGAAAGACUGGCGGCUUGAGAAUCAUAUUUCGAAAUUAACACGUGGAAUCGUUGUCGAUUACGGUAUCCAAUAUCCUAACGUUGGAUCUCCUGGCGGUGGUCCGUAACGAUGCGAGGCUUGAGCGACGAAAAUGACGAUUCGCGGUUCGUAAAUUAAGCGCCGUGCUGAGUUUCCGCAAUCCCCGCAAUAAUUAAUGACCCCGCGAAAAUAUUUUAGUACGAAUAUACAAACCUGAAAAAUAUCAUAGAAAGCUGGGAGAAAGUGCAUGCGCGAUGACGCUAAAUGUAGAACGCUGCCGUUCCUGUUUAUCCAUCGAUCGUUAUCAGAUCUGAAUGACGCAUGUGCUUAAUUAAUAUUAUUAAUAUAAGUAUCCUUUAAAUUAACCAGUAACCGCGCACGGGUUUGACGGAUCCUAAUCAUAAGACAUCGAGCCUGUAAUGCAGUGGAUUGGGAAAUUCAACACACGUGGCACACUGUACGUUUUGCCGGCUGCGCGGACACCUUCUGGAGAACCGUUCCCGUUUCGGCAAGCCACUCGCAGAGCCAACUAGUGACGAUUAUUCACGGAGGCUUUUUACGUUGAUUCAAUUCACUUGCUCGUACGUGAACGUUACGCUCGAGUAAGCCACGAUUCCGGAAUCGGUAACUCCCUUACCAACGACACUUGCGUUCGGGUUAAAACUGAAUUCCACGAGGCUCCUGUGCGCGGCCUCGUUAUCCUACAAUUAUGCGAAACGCGUAAGCACGACGCGUAGGGUAUAAUUCUGAAUAUGCGUGAGAUCUGUUCUCUUUAGUUACAGUUUCUACUUCUGCAUUCGCUCUUCUCUUCUCUCUUCAAAGUGGCGUGACCUCGUUUCGUUCCAGGUGCUAAAAAGUGUACUACAAAUGUACGACUGAGAAGAAUAGAGCCACGAAGACGCUCGCGCGACCAAAUUUCGCGUCGAGCUGACUCUCCUCUUUCGCGAAACUGCGGUAUUAUUAUAGAUAAAUUAUAUCGGUUCGCUUUUUACGUUUACUUUAGUGUUUUAGCUAAAGCGCAAACGCGAUGACAAUGUAUCGCGCGUUUACUCACGAGAUAUUGUGUUGAAUACACGCGCGCGGCUCGUUAAUACGUGUACCAGCGCGCGCAAAAAAAAAGUUAAUUUUAAUUGGAUAUAUUUUAAGUGAAGAUCCGCAUACAUUCAUUACGCUAAUAAAGACUGUCGAAUUUGUAUUCGCUAUUGAUUAUGGAAAUACGCUAAUUAUAAAACUUCUCUCCAGUUGCUCGCAGCGUUAACGAGGCUACCAAUGAGUCUCGAAAUUUAUAAGAGAAGCGUUACUUGAAGAAAUCUCUUAACAUUUCUUGCCAUUCGCAAUAAUUCAUGGAAUAAAAAGUACUCAAAUGGUCGCGCUGGGAUUCCAGGGGACGACUACGACUUUCAUCCCGGACAAAAUUUGCGGCGAAGGUUGUCGUAUCUAGCCAACAGAAAGGCCUCCAAAUCGACGGAGAGAUCGUGCGAUUCCUUCGCUGCAGAUCUCGAUUCAUUGUUGUUUCAUUUGUUGUUGAUUAUUUUAACUGUACCAUUAGACUCUUAUAUCGACCUGACACUUAAAAAUAUGUUCAAAAAAGAUAUUGUGCCUCGCUUAUUCUACUUUGCUGCGAAGGGGUGCAAUAAAAGCAUUUAAUAAAGUAUAUUUUUCAAACAUAA